AAUACUAAAUCACCUGUUCUGUUUGCCAGGUACUGUACUUGGACACCAGGCUUGUAACAACCCCCCAGCCUAAGCCUCAGCAUUACCACCUCUGCAGUGUAGACCCGUCUAUUAUGGAGAUGCAGAGGACCUACCCUGACCUGGCCAUCAGGGGCCGGCCCCUGCUUCCAGACAAGCCCCACAAAGUCUGCAGCAGCACUAAAGCUGUGAGUGCCGCUGACCUGCCCAAGACAGAUUGCAGCGAGAAUCCCUGCACUGCUGUUGCACCUGUGCUCACUACCAACGACGACAGCAAAGCUCAGCAAAGUUUGGACGGCAGUCGGAGAGGCAGGAACAGUGGAGGGGCAAGCGCUCCAGGGGACACCGGCAGCGACACCCACAGAAGCAGAGUGGAUGAUGAGCUCAGUGGCCCCAAGGCCAUUUCCCUCCACAUCACACUCAGAGCAGGAGCCACAGCACAGCCUCCAACACAGCACGACACUGGGACACAAGACGAGAGUCCGGUCAAGUCAGAGCUUUCCUCUCUCAGCUCCGUGGAUGAGGAGGAGCAGGAGCUGAGAGGGUUGGUGGAGUGGAUGGGACAAGUGCAGGAAAAUGAACAUGAGACAACAAGAAAAGAGGGGGACAACACAAACCAAGACAGGAGGAAACAAAUAAGAAAAGCAAACACAGAAACAAAGAAGAGAAGCCUCAGGAAGCCAGUGGUGGGAAAAGCUUCAGCGCUGAGUCAUGACGACGGCACACACACGAGCCCGCAAAAGUGUGACGCGACAGUAACGAACCAGCAGCCCGCCGAGUGUCAGCCCUCGCCUCCAGCCGACAGUACGGCAGACACCCAGAGGCAGCGGGAAGGAGAUCCAGGCGGUUCUGGAGACGAGGACGCUGGCCCAGCAGAGGAGGAGCAGGUGGCGCAGAGCUUUGUUAUAGUGGAACAAUGCAGAGACUGAAGAGCAGGUGCAAACAAGCUGAGCCGAGGUGUAAGUGUGCUGUGGGAGUGUGAGUGUUCUUCCUUCUCUCACUUUGACCCUGUUCUGCUGUCCGGCUGCAGAGCGCCACACAGAUCCAGUCACGUUCAUUUGUCAAGAUGACGCUUUCAUAGUUUCAGUGUAUUUGGGCAGCUUUAUGCUGGAUGCCCUUCCUGACACAACCUCCAAGGCAGUUUUGUCUUCAGCUGGAAUUGAACCUGCGACAUUUUGAUUUGCAAGGGAACGUGUUAACCGCUAAAUCAUCGGAGGCACUCUGAAGAGCAAAACGUGCGUUACUGCUAGGUGGUUGAGCUAAUUAACCAGUAUGUUGUGCUAUUUACAGCAGCCUCAUAAUUUGACCCCUCCUCACGAACGGCAGCUUUCUGUCUCUUUCCAACGAUGGAAGUAUGUUUACAAUGAUCAAAGAUCUUCUUUCCUGCAGAUAAAGCACAGAUAGUCUCAUCAUCAUUUUUUUAUAAAAUGUUAAAUUGUGAUUGUUGUGCCUAAAUGACCAAAAUCAAAGCUGUAUACCUUUGGUAUAUUAUUAAAGCCAUAUAAUGUAAUGUAAACUUCUUGAAUGCAUCAAUAAAUAAUCAUGUUUUAUUUAAAAUAAAUGAAUAAAUUAAAAGAAAAUGAAGAGAGCUCAUGAGUGGGACCCAUUUUCGGCUCUGGUUGUGACCAGCAUGCAGCAUUUCCUGUAUAUGUAUUUGUGCUGUUGU